AUGGCUAACGAACGCAGUGUGUACUCGUCCGGCCAGUUCAUGAACCCAGGCCCGGCGCCACGACCACCGACCGAUCGACCUCGUCUUAACCUCGUCCCCAAUAACAACCUACCUGGCAGCAUGGCGAAUAUGGCCAUCUCGCCCAUCAGGAGCACGGCGACCUCGACGUACACCGGCUCCACCAUCUCCCUACCGAUUGCCCGCCAACAGUCGAACCAAAUGGAUGGUAUGGGAGGCGUUGCCGUCAAGAAGGAGGGUUGGGCAUCGGUGAAGGAAUCCAAAAACUUCAUUAACCCAUGGAAGCAAAAAUACCUCAUUCUGCGCAAAGAGUCGCUCGACUUCCACAAGGCCGAGGGCGGCAAGGUUUCGUACACUCUCUACCUAAAAGAUGUUGUCAACGUCGGCCGUGUUGAGGCUGCGGGCACUAUCUUUGAGAUCAAGAGAAACCCUAGCGGCGCUUCCAACAGCCCCGGCGAGGAUGAUGGGCAGACCAAGACCCUGCAGAUUCGCGUCAAGAGCGACGACGACCUGUACGAAUGGAUUGACCUCAUCUAUGGCGCCUGCCCUGGAAUGGGCGGUGUCAGCAACCCCACCAACUUCUCCCAUGCAGUGCACGUUGGUUUUGACCCCCAAACCGGCGAGUUCGUUGGCCUGCCACCCGAGUGGUCGAAGCUCCUUAAUUCGUCUGCCAUCACUAAGGAGGACUAUGAGCGCAACCCCCAGGCCGUAUUCGAGGUCCUCGACUUCUACUCCGACUUGACCAAGCGCGCCGAGAACCCCCAGCAGUACUCCAGCCUUACUCCCACCCCGCCUGCCGCCAGCCAGCAGAACAAGCAGCUGGGCUAUGGCGGUGGCACCGGUGUUGCGCCGCCUCGGCCUCUCCCACCUUCACAGACGCAGCGUCAACCCAGCUAUAACACCCAGCCCUCGUCACAAAACCAGGCGCGACGGCCGUCGCCAACUGAGCAGCAACAGCAACGCCAACAGAUGCAGGGCAUGGCCUCCAACUACCAGCCGGAUCCUCGCGAAGAGCAACGUCUUAAGCAGCUGGAGGCGCAGCGUGCGAGGGAACGGGAGAUUGAAGAGCAGAACCGACGUGACCUGGAGGUCUUCAACUCUUCUAUUCCCAAGACGAAGACGCCGACGGCUCAACAGGAGAUUGGUGGUUUCAGUGGCAGUUCUUCCAUCCCCCCCACAGACAGGUACAACCCCUCAAGAGCAGCCCCCCCGGCGCCAAAGUCGUCACAACAGCAACAGGUCAACGGCCUUCGUGCCCAGCGCCCAGCACCUUCACCGCCCACUGCUGGCACCCCUACUCGCCCGCCAAUGACGUCGCAGCAGAGCUCGAGCUCUAUGCGGGACCCCAACCAGCAGCAGCGUGUGCCUCGGCCAGACCAGUCCAGUCAGCAGCAGAGGUAUCCCAAUGGAAGCCCGCAACAGCCCAGGCAACCUCCUCAAGCUCAACCUCAACCACCGUCUCGCCUACCCGCCCCUGUCAAGCCGUUGAAUGUGUCCAAGGCCCAGCCCGCGCCUCAGAGCGAUGCCGUCAAGGCCGCAGAGGCUGCUCUUACGGCCAAGCCUCCCGCACAGGAGCGCCAGAAGGACGUUCGCAUGUCGACCAUGUCCGAAAGCGAAGUCAUGGCCAAGCUCAAGGAGGCUGUCUCCAAGGACGACCCGAACCUCUCCUAUUCCAAGCAGAAGAAGAUCGGACAGGGUGCUUCCGGCUCCGUCUACGUCGCCAAGGUCAAGGAGGGCGCUGUUUCGCCCAUCGCUCGCGAGGUUCUGCGUGCUCAGGGUAUCAAGGCUCAAGUCGCCAUUAAGCAGAUGGACCUUGCUCACCAGCCCAGAAAAGAACUGAUUGUUAACGAGAUUAUGGUCAUGAAGGACAGCAGACACCGCAACAUUGUUAACUUCCUCGAUGCCUUCUUGCGCAACAACAACGCCGAACUUUGGGUUGUCAUGGAAUACAUGGAGGGAGGUGCUUUGACAGAUGUCAUUGACAACAACCCCAGCAUCACGGAAGAGCAAAUCUCCACAAUUUGCCUUGAGACUUGUCGUGGCCUGCAACAUUUGCACUCUCAAAACAUCAUCCACCGUGAUAUCAAGAGUGACAACGUACUUUUGGACGCUCGUGGCAAUGUAAAAAUUACCGAUUUCGGUUUCUGUGCCAAGCUCACCGAGACUAAGUCGAAGCGUGCGACGAUGGUGGGAACGCCAUACUGGAUGGCACCAGAGGUUGUCAAGCAGAAGGAGUACGGACCCAAGGUUGAUAUCUGGUCGCUGGGUAUCAUGGCUAUUGAGAUGAUCGAGUCCGAACCGCCCUACCUGAAUGAGGAGCCUCUGAAGGCUCUCUAUCUCAUCGCAACCAACGGCACGCCGCGCCUCAAGAAGCCCGAGAAGCUGAGCAAGGAACUCAAGGCCUUUCUGUCGGUCUGCUUGUGUGUGGACGUCAAGAGUAGAGCAUCUGCUGACGAGCUCCUGGCACACGAUUUCCUCAAGCACGGCUGCCCGCUCGGCAGCUUGUCUGAGCUUCUCGCCUUCAAGAAGCACGCGAAAUAA